CCUUGAAAAUCAUCGUUGCUCACGUCGAGCGCACUACGCACCCUGCGCAGUUUUAUAUCGUCGUCGAGCACCUCAACUUCAUUGCCCGGGAAAGAAAAACAACGCCCGCAAAAACCCAUUACAACGUGUCCGUACGCAAUCCCGCCCCUAUAAAAUACCCUUCCAUUCAUCUGAGAUCUGAUUUUUCCCCUCUCAUAUGCAAGAAAUGGCGAGGACAAGCUCUGGCCUCGCAUAUCCAGAGAGAUUCUACGCCGCGGCUUCCUACGCUGGAUUCGGCGGAUCUCCGAACUCUUCCAAGGGCGCGAUCUCGAAAUUCCAGAACGAUGUGGCGCUCCUGCUCUAUGGAUUGUAUCAGCAAGCAACAGUAGGACCUUGCACUAUUCCGAAACCCCGGGCAUGGAAUCCUGUUGAGCACAGCAAAUGGACAAGUUGGCAUGGACUUGGAAACAUGGCUUCAACAGAAGCAAUGCGCCUCUUUGUGAAAAUCUUGGAGGAAGAAGAUCCAGCUUGGUAUUCAAGGGUAUCAGAGUUUGUUGUCGAGCCUGUUGUUGAUGUAGAAAUGAAUAAUCCAAAUAUGGAGUCGGUCACUCCAAAUGGGGACUCUUUUCCAGAGCCCAAGAUUAUCUCCACUGAAAAUGGGAGCCUAAUAGAGACCGAGGAUAAAGAUGUUGUCUUGGAGGGCCUGGGUUCGGUUGGUAUCUAUGACCAGUGGGUUGCACCUUCAGUAUCUGGCCAACACCCCAAGACCCGGUAUGAGCAUGGAGCAGCACUCAUUCAAGAAAAAAUGUAUGUCUUCGGCGGAAACCACAAUGGGCGUUACCUUAAUGAUCUUCAGGUUCUCGAUUUGAAAAGCUUGACAUGGUCAAAGUUAGAUAUGAAGGCAGCAACAGAGUCUCUGGAAUCGUCAUCCCCAGUGACAUUGGCUCCCUGUGCUGGUCAUUCAUUGAUAUCAUGGGGAAAUAAGCUUCUUUCUAUUGCUGGACAUACAAAAGAUCCUUCUGAGACUGUUACAGUGAAGGAAUUUGAUCUCCAAACUUUUACUUGGUCAAACUUAAAGACUUAUGGGAAAGGACCGGUCUCACGUGGAGGUCAGUCGGUGACCCUCGUUGGGACAAGUUUAGUGAUGUUUGGUGGCCAGGAUGCGAAGAGAUCUCUCCUGAAUGACUUGCACAUUCUUGACUUGGAAACCAUGACCUGGGAUGAAAUUGAUGCUGUGGGGAUGCCUCCUUCUCCAAGAUCUGAUCAUGCUGCUGCAGUACAUGCUGAGCGGUACCUUCUGAUAUUUGGUGGGGGUUCACAUGCUACAUGCUUCAAUGAUCUGCAUGUCCUUGACUUGCAGAGUAUGGAAUGGUCGAGGCCAACACAACAGGGUGAUAUUCCAACUCCACGAGCUGGGCAUGCUGGUGUGACAGUAGGUGAAAACUGGUUUAUUGUUGGAGGGGGUGACAACAAGAGUGGGGCCGCGGAAACUGUUGUUCUGAACAUGUCCACGCUGGUUUGGUCAGUUGUAACCACGGUCCAAGGACGUGUGCCUCUUGCUAGUGAGGGCUUGAGUUUGGUUGUGAGCUCCUAUAAUGGGGAAGACAUUCUUGUGUCUUUUGGAGGGUACAAUGGGCGAUACAACAAUGAGGUCCAUGUUCUUAAACCAAGCCACAAAUCAACCUUAAAAUCAAAGACGUUGGAGGUACCUGUGUCCGAUAGCGUUGCUGGCCUGCAUCCCAUGACAAAUGCUACUAGAGAUUUGGGGUCUGAGCUGGAAACAGAUCAAGAUGGAAAGAUAAGGGAAAUUGUCAUGGACAAUGUUGACUCAGGGCCUGCGGUAAUUGAUAAUAUCAAAAGUGAGGAAACUAGUGAACGGCUUCUGGUAGCCCUCAAAGCAGAGAAAGAAGAAUUGGAAGCAGCACUCACCAAGGAGCAGUUGCAGUCUCUCCAGCUGAAGCAAGAGCUAGCUGAAGCUGGGACACGAAAUGCAGACCUUACAAAGGAGCUCCAAUCUGUACGUGGUCUGCUUGCCGCUGAGCAGUCACGGUGUUUCAAACUUGAGGUUGAUGUUGCGGAGCUACGGCAGAAGCUACAAACCAUGGAGACACUACAAAAGGAACUGGAGCUGCUUCAACGCCAAAGAGCUGCUUCUGAAGAACAGGCAGCCCUAAGACAGAAGCAGAGCUCAGGUGGUGUAUGGGGUUGGCUUGCGGGAACGCCAUCUAACCAGAGGGAAGAUGCCUGAAAGUUCUAGUGCCCGGUUGCAUCAGCUGUAUCCCUUACACUUAUUUCCAAUGACUUGCCGUUUUUCUUUUCUUUUCUUUUUCUUUUUUAUAAUUUUAGGGGGUGGCCAUUUUAUUUUGAUUUCACCUGUGUUCUUUCUAGUGAUGGAAAUAAGAGAUCGUCUUUCCGUUGGUGGGGAAGCCAUGAAGCUUCUGGCCUGAUCAUAGUUGGUAAUAUCAGGUGCACCUAUACAAGUGUCUCAGCUGUUUUCUAGUUUAUUUUAUUUUUCUUAUAAUAUAUUUUUACCCCGGAAUUUUUUGUAUGGAGAGGAAUAUUUGUGGGAGCAAUCGAAAUUAAUUGUUGGUGGGUGUAGUGGAA